GCGACCGCUGCCAUUUACGAUCAGUCGGGAACAUGUCUCCGCAAGUGAAAGUGUAGUGCCCUCGUCUCUGUAUGGGAUUUACUGGCUCGCAGCUUAGGACGGACUACAACUCGUGGGGAAACGUGAGCAAAGGAAUUUUGGAUAUUUUUUUCCCUAAGAAAAGGUGUAUAUAUGUGGAAUUACAUUACUUUGUGAGGUCGUGUUGUCAUACGGUCUUUGUUAAUGAAUGUCAUGCGAAAUACCUCAGGAGUAAUAAUGUCAUGCAGUGAACAGAAAACGGAGUGCAGUGAAGGUCAUUUGAAGGGUAACUAAACAAUAGUCCAGACAAGAAAUUUAAACCCGACGAAUGGACUAGUCACUGUGAAGGGAAAUCAGCCCAGCUCAAGGUGACAGCGCCAUUGUCUGUGUUAUAUAUAUUGUUUUUUUUCCUAUAUUCUAUUAUCACUGGAGGAAGAAGGAAAGAAAGAAAAGAAAAAAGUUUACCAGGAAAUAAAACGUCUGUAAAAAAAAUAGAAGAGUGAAAAAAGAAGAUAUAAUUCGAGAAAAAAUAAAUAAAUAAAGAGAAACAAAAAAUAAGAGUAAAUAUGAAAAAAAUGUCCAUGAAACUUAGAAAACUCAGAAUGAUCUCGUAGUCCCCGCCAAAAAAGAAAAAAAAAAUAAGGGAAAGGAAAGAAAACGGCAUAUAAAAACAACAAAAAACAAAAGAGCAUCUACAGAUUCAAAUGACAAUGAAAAACACGAAUUCGAACGGCCGGAGCUCAAGCGGGAGCAGUGGACGGAGCGGGCACAGCAGGAGCGGGAAUGGAAGCGGAAGAAGCAGUAAAAGCGGAAGCAGCAGAAGCAGGAACAGCGACGCGAGGAGGGAGAGCGUGCGACAGGAUUCUCUGACAUCCUACGGGGACGACGAGUCUGCGAGCUUCAAGAGGUCUGUGAUGGGUUUCAGCGCGUCCCUGCAGGGCGAGCAGAGCCAUGCCGCGCUCUUGGCCCGCCAGGACGCCGAACUCCGGCUCCUGGACACGAUGCGGCGCGUGCUCGUAGCCAGAGCCAAGUGCGAUCGGGACUACGCGGCGGCGCUCACCCAGCUGGCGCACACGGCGGCCAAGAUGGAUGCGUCCGAUAACGUGCUCGACGACUCCGAUUUGCAUAAGGCAUGGCACAUCAUGGUGGAGGGCCUCGACGAAUGGAGCAACAUCAUGAGGCAGAAUGCAGACACCCUCGUCAUAGACACGGUGGAGAAACUGGCCGCCCUCAUCACGGAGAAGCGGGCGUCGAGGAAAGUGUACUAUGAGGAGCACCAGAGGAUUACUAAUGAAGUGUCGAGGUUACAAGAAGCAGUCAACAAGUCAAAAAAUAAUUAUGAACAGGCCCUUGAACACUACAAGAGCUCAAAAACCAAAUACGAAGAUCAAUACCUAAAAGGCAAACCUGGUCGUAAACUCGAUGAACUUAAAGAGAGAUAUCAAAAAGCGUGCAAGAAACUUCACCAAGUCCACAACGACUACGUCCUCCUGCUCUGUGAAGCUGCAGACUACGAGAGGGACUUUCGGACAGUGCUUUUGCCUGGUCUGCUCGAGUACCAGGAAAGAGUACAGGAAGAUAUGAUUGAUAAAUGGCGAUCAAUAUUAGCAGAGGUUUGUGAACUAACGGACACAACCCAGGGCCGAUACGCACAGCUCCAGGCAGAAGUGGCAUCGGCAGUUUCAGCAAUAUCCCCCAAGACAGAAUAUUCCAGUUUUUCAGAGACCAACAAGAGCAUGCUGCCUGAUCCCGUCUCGUUCGCUUUCUGCAAGGAACUUUUAGGGAGUUCGCCCCCAGAUCCUGUAUCCUUUGAGUUCUGCAAUGAACUUUUGGGAGAUGGCGUAGGAUCUCUCCAGGCAGGUCAGCUGGCCGUAGACUCACUCACCGUAGACUCCUUACGCCUACGGCUCAAUGACAUCGAGCACAGCUUACGCGAGGUCACGACGCAGCUCCGAGAGAAACAGAAUCUCCUCAACCAGCACGAGACUGAAGUUGUUAAUAUCAAGACAAAUUCUCUGCAAGACAGUAACAUUGCCUCAAGGUUACCAGUUCUAAAAAGGGCAAGUGAUGUGUUACGCCGUGAACUGAAUGAAUUGCGAUGUCGUGAGUCGUGGCUACAGCACCAACACCGCCUCAUCCAUGACCCCCUGGCAGCUCUGGGGUGUGAGGAAGCCCCCCAGCCGUGGGAAGCAACACAAGUUAAUGGGGACUCGGGCUACCGUUCUAGGUCAUUACUGUCUUUGAACUUUGCGGGCCUCAGGUCCAAUUCCAUUCUCGCUCUCAAUUUUCUGCACCAACGCUCGGACUCCCUCUCCCUGAAGUCCCGAUCGGCAGCAAUAAAGGAACUCUUACGGAAGCCUUUCAAUCGAAGUAAGACGAGCGACUCCCAAGCCUCCACGCCUCCCACCCCGACAAGAGCCAACACGGAAGAGAGAGCCACAGAACCCGACCAACACUCGCUUUUGGAAAUGACGCCCGGUGGUCAGGCCGAAGUCCCGCAGGCUGUUAAUGGGGUGCAGGAACUGACAUAUGACCCAGACCGAUGCCUAGAGGACGAGCCUUGGUUCCACGGUGUGCUGCCCAGGGAGGAAGUUGUUCGGCUCCUGGUCAACGAAGGGGACUACCUUGUGAGGGAAACAACGCGGAAUGACGAGCAGCAGAUCGUUCUCUCUGUGUGUUGGGGCUCUCACAAGCAUUUCAUCGUGCAGACAACCCCUGAAGGACAUUAUCGCUUUGAAGGACCAGCUUUCCCAACGAUCCAGGAACUGAUUCUGCACCAGCAUGGAUGUGGACUGCCGGUCACGAACAAGUCAGGUGCUAUUCUCCGCAACCCCAUAUUCAGAGAGAGAUGGGAACUGAACAACGACGAUGUGGAAUUACGGGAUAAGAUAGGCAGGGGUAACUUUGGCGAUGUGUAUAAAGCGCGCUUACGGGAUUCAGGACUGGAGGUGGCUGUCAAGACAUGCCGAGUGACGUUGCCGGAUGAACAGAAAAAGAAAUUCUUGCAAGAAGGACGCAUUUUGAAGCAAUAUGAUCACCCAAACAUUGUCAAGUUUAUUGGCAUUUGCGUUCAGAAACAGCCUAUUAUGAUUGUCAUGGAAUUGGUGCCUGGUGGCUCUCUGCUGAGUUUUGUGCGGAACCAUAAGGGUCAGCUGACGGUGAAGCAGAUGAUGGGAAUGUGCCUCGACACUGCUUCAGGCAUGGCUUACCUCGAGUCAAAGAACUGCAUUCAUAGAGACUUGGCGGCAAGGAACUGUCUUGUGGGUCAUCGGAGCAUUGUCAAGAUUUCAGAUUUUGGUAUGUCAAGAGAAGAAGAAGAAUACAUUGUCAGCGACGGCAUGAAACAGAUUCCAAUCAAGUGGACGGCCCCUGAAGCUCUGAAUUUUGGCAAGUACACAUCACUGUGUGAUGUGUGGAGCUAUGGUGUGCUAUGCUGGGAAAUCUUUUCUUCAGGAGAGGUUCCUUAUCAGGGUUAUUCCAACACAAAGGCUCGAGAGAUGAUUGAUUCAGGUUACAGGAUGUUGGCACCACCCAACACCCCAGAGGAAAUGUACCAGCUGAUGCUAAAGUGCUGGCAGUACGAACCGGAAAACAGGCCGCACUUCUCGGAUAUUUAUGCUGCUGUCGAUAGUAUAUAUGCCCCAUUAUAGUGACGUGCUUUUUUUGGUAAUAGUAAGAUGAAUAAGGAUCCAUUAUAUUAAUGUAUUUUGUUAUUCAAGAUUCUCCCUCUUUUUCCUGUCUUUAUUCAGGAUGGAAAAAAAAACUGUAGUAAUGCUCUUCUGUUUUGCCCUUAAUGAAUAUGUAUCUGUAAGAACAGAUUUUUGCAUGUGGAGGCUUAGUGAUUGCAAGGGAAGUACAUAUCAAUCUUUAUGGCAAUGUAUAUUAUGAUGAUGUAAUAAACAAAGAAUUGUCAUGAAAAAGUAAUAUUCACAUGAUGUUAACAUUUUAGCAGUAAUAUACUUUGAUAAAAUGAAUAAAUAUGUUUAUUUCUUGGUUUGAAGAUACUUAAUGCAAUAUAUAUAUAUGUAUUUUUUUUUUUCAUUGAUGCACAAUAAGGUAAAUCUUAUUAUGUAUGUACUUGUUAAUGGUAUUUAAUUUGAAGAGUUUGUAUUCACAGUGUUUGAACAUUUCAAAAUGUUCUUUUAAAUCUGGUUCUUAGUACUACCUAGUAAAUAAUGAUAAUAACAAUGAUAAUAGAAAUAGUGAUAAUGAUAAUAAUAAUAAUAUUUGUAAUGAUAAUAAUAAUAUUAAUGAUAAUAAUGAUAAUAAUA